AAGGCGUACCGGCCCCACCUCCUACGUACAACCACGUGGCGGUCACUCCUCUUUUCCCAAUGUCGCGUCUCGUCACCCUCGCCGGUCUUACAGGGUGCGAUCCGGCAUCUUCAGACAACCCGAAGACACUGCCUGAGCAGGCCUUGAUUGCGUAUGCCAAGAUCCAGGCUUGCCUGGCUGCUGCUGGAGCCACACCUCGAGACAUUGUUCAGGUCAAGCAUUAUAUCGUGAAAGAAACGGGUCAUCCUGAGAUUGAUCAGACGGAUGUGGUUGAUCGCGGUUGGGGUGAACUUUGGACAGACUUCAUGGAUAGGACAGCAGGCGGACACCGGCCUCCCGAUACAGUCGUUGGCGUUGCCAGCCUAGCCAAGAAAGACAUUCUGUAUGAGUGUGAGGUGUGGGCUAUUGUGCAUUAACAUAUCAAUGUGUUGUGGAGAAGACUCGCGAGAAGGUCCCGAAGGUGAGAGGAGGUCUAGUGAAGAUUUUAAAGAAGCGCACGGCCGAAGUUGCCGUCGUUAUUGAGGGGUAUUAUCACAAUGCACCCUCACUUCCCAUUAGACCUGACUUUUUUUGUUUUGACUGUUACACAACUUUGCCAAAGUGGAGUUUGUCUUACAAUUAAGACUCAUUUCCUA